UGGGGAUCGUACACGUACCUUACCGACACUGCUCUCGACAUCGACAUCCCUCACUACACUCACAACUUCAUUUUGCUUUGCGGCUUUCAUUUGAAGGAGUGCGCAAGCGCAUCCCCCGUUUCUUACUUUGGACAUGGUCUCGGUCAAGGUCAACUCUCCGGAGAUCUCAGCAGCCACUCUGCACAUUGCGCUGCCGUGGUAUCUGCAUCUUUACACGGUCCCCAGUCUAUGUUUAUACCCUCUCCUCGCAUAUGCCUACUAUGUUAAGUACGAACAAUGGAUUCAAAGCGAAGAAUGGACCUUCCUUGCGUGUGUAAGCGUCGGCGUUACACACGCACUUAGCUUCUUGUUCACCAGAUGGAGUACUCGUGCGAAGGCAUGGAUCACAACUCGCAAGGCGAGUUCCUUGCAGAGAGCGGACUGCAUUCGUCUAAUACCGGCUCCCCAUCGUGGUCACGGAGAGAUAGUCAAGAUUGUGAAGAAAAACCCUACGGACGUUAAGACAUACACCUUCAGCUAUCAGCGGGACACGUAUGUCCUCGAGUCGGACUCCCCCGUUGUAUUCUCUCGCCUGCCGUAUCCUUCCUCCAGCCAUCCCCCGCUCUCGAACUACAAGUCGGCGCAGCCGCUGAAAUCCUCUGACGUGUUGGAUCUUCUAUCUCUCUAUGGCAAGAACGAGUUUGAUAUUCCCAUCCCGUCCUUUUCUAUGUUGUUCAUGGAACAUGCAACGGCUCCCUUUUUCGUGUUUCAAGUGUUCUGUGUUGCGCUGUGGUGUCUGGACGAGUACUGGUAUUACAGCCUUUUCACUCUGUUUAUGCUGGUGGUAUUCGAAUGCACGGUCGUUUGGCAGCGACUGAGGACAUUGACGGAAUUCCGAACAAUGUCUGUGGCUCCAUACCCAAUUUCCUGCAUGCGGGAUGACAAAUGGGUGACGAUACAGAGUGAUGAGUUGCUGCCGGGUGACAUCGUCUCCGUAGUCAGACAUCAGACAGAGACGAACAUACCAGCGGACAUCCUGCUAAUCCGCGGCACGUGUAUCGUCAACGAAGCCAUGCUUUCGGGGGAGUCUACGCCUCUCCUGAAGGAGUCCGUCGCAUUGCUUGAUGACGGCGAACGACUUGACGUGGAUGCUUCGCACAAGAACCAUGUACUCUUCAGUGGAACCAAACUGUUGCAAGCUGAUGGCGGAGAGACUCCUGAUGGGGGUUGCCUUGGGGUCGUCUUGCGCACUGGCUUCGGCACCGCGCAAGGCCAGUUGGUACGCACAAUGAUUUUCUCCACGGAGCGUGUCUCCGCGAACAACUUUGAGUCGUUCCUCUUCAUCGGGUUUUUGUUGAUCUUCGCCAUUGCGGCCAGCUGGUAUGUCUGGGUGAAGGGCAUUGAACGGGAGUUGAAGAAGUCGAAGUUGCUGCUCGAUUGUGUUCUCAUCAUCACAAGUGUCGUACCUCCCGAGUUGCCAAUGGAGUUGUCACUCGCUGUCAAUGCUUCUCUGGUAUCACUGUCGAAAUUCGCCAUCUUCUGCACGGAGCCAUUCCGUAUUCCUUAUGCAGGUCGUGUAGAUGUCUGCUGCUUCGACAAGACCGGAACGAUCACGGCGGAGAACCUUGUGCUCGAGGGUAUUGUCGGCGUUGACUCAUCAGAUCGAACUAAGUUAGUGGAGGUGAAGAGCAUCCGCAAAGAGACAAAGUUUGCCUUGGCUGCUGCGCAUGCGCUCGUUAAACUGGAUGAUGGCACCAUUGCUGGUGAUCCCAUGGAAACGGCAACUUUGGAUGCGCUCAACUGGCAGCUCAGCAGAGGAGACAUCGUCUCCAGUGCUGAGCCGGGUGAUAGGAGCUCUCUUACCAUUCGUCGGCGCUUUCAAUUCUCCUCUGCGCUCAAGCGAAUGUCAACCGUCUCCAGCGUGAAUGGUGGUAAGACGUUCAUGGCCGCUAAGGGUGCACCAGAAACCAUCAGGAGCAUGCUCUCCACUGUGCCGGAGUUCUACGAUGACACAUACAAGUGGUAUACGCGCCGCGGAAGCCGCGUUUUGGCACUUGGGUACAAGGAGCUGGAGUCAAUGUCACAGGACAAGAUCAACAAAUUAACGCGUGGUCAAGUCGAGAGUACCCUGACUUUCGCUGGUUUCCUGGUGUUUCACUGUCCGCUGAAGGCCGAUGCAGUCGAGACGCUCAAAAUGCUCAUUGACUCAUCGCACAGAUGCAUCAUGAUCACCGGAGAUAACCCGCUGACUGCUGCGCAUGUCGCUCGCGACGUGGAAAUUGUCGACCGUGACGUCCUCAUUCUUGAUUUGAAGGAAAAUCCGGAACAUGAUGCUGAUCUUGUCUGGCGCACAGUUGAUGAGACGACGAUCAUUCCGAUCAACGCUUCUGAGCCUCUCGAUACGUCUCUCUUUGAGCGGUACGACAUAUGCGUCACGGGAGCUGCGCUGAGGCUUUUCGAGAAUCAUCCGGGCUGGACCGACCUCAUACAGAAUACCUGGGUCUAUGCCAGAGUAUCGCCUUCUCAGAAGGAAACCAUUCUGACCUCUUUCAAAUCGCUUGGGUACACCACCUUGAUGGCGGGUGAUGGAACGAACGACGUCGGGGCGUUGAAGCAAGCACAUAUCGGUGUUGCCCUCCUUGACGGUACUCCCGAGGAUCUGCAGAAGAUCGCCGAGCAUCAGAAGAUAGAGCGUAUCAAGAAGGUGUACGAGAGUCAGCUGAAGAUCUCAUCGCGUUUCGGACAGCCUCCACCCCCCGUCCCGGCCGCGAUUGCUCAUUUGUACCCUGACGUUGUCGAAGCUCAGAAGCAGGUUGUCACCGACUUUCAAAGCGCGAGGAAGCGGAAUCCGAUGGAGAAGUUUGAUCUGGCGAGUAUCACUGACAAGCUUGCAGCCAUGGAAGAUGAGGAAGAAGUGCCCAAAAUCAAGCUGGGGGAUGCGUCCUGUGCUGCUCCCUUCACUUCAAAACUUUCCAAUGUAUCCGCUAUCGCGCACAUUAUUCGACAAGGGCGCUGCACCCUUGUCGCCACCAUUCAGAUGUACAAGAUCCUCGCCCUCAACUGUCUUAUCACUGCGUACAGCCUUAGCGUGCAAUAUCUAGACGGAAUCAAAUUUGGAGAUUAUCAGGUUACGAUUACAGGCAUGCUAAUGUCCGUAUGCUUCCUAUGUAUCUCCCGUGCGAAGCCAGUAGAGAAAUUGUCAAGGGAACGGCCUUUAGGAAACAUCUUUAAUCUAUACGUUCUUUUGUCGGUCCUCCUUCAGUUCGCAUUGCACAUCGCAGCGCUGGUAUAUAUCACUCAGCUAUGUCGUCAAUAUGAAGAGCCAGGACCCAUUGAUCUCGAGGCCAAGUUUGAACCGAACCUCUUGAACACUGCGAUCUACCUGUUGAGCUUGUCUCAGCAAGUCUCCACCUUUGCAAUCAAUUAUCAGGGCCGGCCGUUCAGAGAGAGUAUCCGAGAGAAUCCCGCUCUCUACUGGGGGUUAGUUGGAGCCAGCGCGGUUGCAUUCUCCGGGGCGACCGACUUUGUGCCCGAGCUGAAUCGUUGGCUGCAGAUUGUCGAGAUGAGCGGAGCGUUUGAGUUCAGGUUGGCGACCACAAUGAUCAUCGACUUUGCCGGCUGCUGGCUAAUCGAGGCGGUGUGCAAGUACUUGUUUGCUGACAUCCAACCGAAAGCGAUGAUCACUCGAGGGAGAGAACGCCGCGAUGCCAGGAGGAAAAAAGAGGAGCGCCAGCAGAAGGCCGAAGAAGCUGAGAAAAAGACUCAGUAGAGAUUGUCAGCUUCGCCCUCAAUGUACUCUGACUACACUAGAGUGUUAGACUAUGGCUUGCGAGUGACUUGUCGUGGCAUUCACACAAUGGACUGAUCAUGAACUCGGUAUACUACAGUCAUCUCAAAACAUGGUUUUCUGGCA